AUGGGCAAGCAGACUGCCUCUGUUCUUACUUGGUGUGGGACGCCUCCAAAGGUGAGCUUCCUCGGCGACGGCAGCUCCCAGGUGUUCCUGGCCGGGGCCCAGCAGACAACCUGGCGGAGGAGCCAGGGACGCCCCACCCGCAGGCAGGCCCCCUCGCUGCCGGGGAGGGCCGGCUCGGACACCAUCCGAGGGCAGGCCCGGCACCCGUUCGGCUUCGGCCAGGUGCCAGAAAACUGGAGGGAAGUGGCCGUCGGGUACAGCACGGGGAUGGCCAGGGCCCGCACCUCGGUCUCCCGGCAACGACAGGCGAGCUCCGCCUCCUCCGUCCUCUCAUCGGGCUCAGCCGCAGCCGCAGCCUCCGCCUUCGCCCAGACCACCUACCGGCAGCCAUCUUGUCCUGCGCAGUUCCCCUACCCCCAGCCCCCUUUUGUCAGUCAGUACGAGACAUACGAGCAGGCCCCCAGGGCCUACGAUGAGAGCUACGUGUAUUACCGGAGUAACGGAGGCGUGCCUGGGGCCGGGGCGGCUGCGGUGGCCUCGGCGGGAGUCAUCUACCCCUUCCAGCCCCGGCUGAGAUAUGAGGAGUACGGGGAGGAGCAGACCCCGUACCAGCCUCAGGGCUUCUAUCCAACUCAGGAAGUGCCCCUCAUGCCAGUGCCCCAGCCCCAGCCCCAACCCCAGCCUUCCGACGGGCUGGACAGGAGGUACUCUCACAGCCUGUAUCAUGAAGGCACCACGAACUUUGAUCAGGCUUACCAGGACACUUACAACUCGGUGCCAGGCCAGGUGGUGCCAGGCCAGGUGGUGCCAGGCCAGGGGGCAGCUGCUCCUGAGAGCCCGCAGGUGAACGGGGGCUCCUCCCCGGCCUUAGGCCCGGGCUAUGUGACCGAUCCCCGCCUGGGCUGGCAAUCACCCUACGCCAAUGUGCCCCCGGAAGCUUACAUCCCGCCCCGAGUGGUGGAGCCUCAGCCGCCAUUCCGCGUCCUGGAACCCUAUGGGAGUGCCCCGAGAGCAGAACCCUACCUGCCCAUCAGGAGCUCCGAAGCUCCCCCGUUAGGGGGGGACAGACAGGGAGCCCAGCAAGGCCGGGUCAGCGUGGGCAGUGUGUAUAGGCCCAACCAGAAUGGAAGGGGUGAGUACUGGCCACCUGUGAUGGUCUAAAAGAGAGGCACUGGAAGACCCGUUUAAUGAUGCUGGGUGUGAGUGAGAGUACCAAGAACACCAGUCCUGAGGGUAGGAAAGCCGCCGGAACCAUCACUAUUUAGCAAGCAGAAAUACUUGGGCAAGUCAGUAGACCUUAGUUUCCCCAUCUGUAAAAUGCAGAUAUCAUUUGCCUAAUAUACUAAAUAGGUAUCAAAUCAGGAUAGUCCAUUUAAAGUGCUAUCUAAGUGAAAACUAUUAUUUGCCAAUCCUGACUACUUACUGAGCCCCAGCCACUGGGGAAACAGGCAAACCCCAAACUCCCUGCCCUCUAAAACCUUAUGGUCUACUUUAAAGCAGGAUAUAAAUUCUAGCUGUUGUUAUAGCUGGUAUUUAUAUUAUUGUAGUUUGGGGAGAAACUACAAAGGAAGUGAGAGAACACUGCUUCUGGAAUCAGAGCUCCUGGGUUCAGAUUGGAUAUCUGAAGCUUUCCCUUGUGUGACCCAGGACUUAUCAUUUAAUGUUCUUGCCCUUGAUCUGCAAAAUGAGGGGAUUAGAGUGGAUGACCUCUGAAGUCCCUUCUACUUCUAAUGCUAUGAAACUAUUCUAAGGACUCAACUCAACCCCAUCCUCCAGCCCCAAUAAAGCUUGGUAGUAGAGGUAAGGGAAGAUGCAAGACUACCUCCCCCCAACUGGGGAAGCUUUUCAAAAAUCGUGACCUUGUCUUUCAGGAGACAUGACUAUUACAUUAAUUCAGCAAGCACUUAUUAAGCUCCUACUAUAUUUUUCUAAACCUUAGUUUCCCCAUCUGUAAGAAGGGAUGGUACAAACACAAAGCAAGAUAUAGCUUCCUCUCAAGGAGCUGACAAUAUAUUGGGGAGUGGGGAGGGUUUAACACAUAUGCAGAUUAAAAAAAAAAAAACAAAAAGAUAGAUAAAAUUAUUUUGGGAGUGGCAAGCACUAACAAAAGGGAGGUCAGAGAGGGCCUCAUGUAGGAAGUGGUUCCUGAGUAGAACCUUGGAAGUAAUCUGGGAAUUCCAAAAGGAGAAGGUUUUGCUUUUACCCUAGAGAGACUGGAGAAAGAUGAGCAACUAUUCAAUUAUAUAAAUCCUGGAAGAUUUAAAAUCUAUUGGUGCAUCGCCCAACUCCCACUUCACUCCUUUUGAGCACUACACCUUUGGCCUUUGUUCUUAGGGGGAUGGGAGCUGCCCAUCCUUAUUCAGCCAGAACCCUCUGGCAGCCCCAUGUCUUUCAAGGUAAUUGGUCAGUGCCUUUAACCAAUGUAAACAAACCUCUUCUCUAUCCACUUAUCCAAUCCCAUUGAAGACGGUUGCCAUGGAAACACCUAGGCUGAUGAGUCUCCUAGGUAACCGCAGACCUGAUAAGUGUAUGAAUAAGAGGGAGGACUGAACGAAAUAAGGUGAGAUCUUUCAAGACAGUCGUGAAAAUCGAGUAAGGCUUCAUCUGUUUCAAAGUUUGAGUAGGCCUGAAGGACGUUAAGCAUUAAGUCAAGGGCAUAUUUAAAAUGUCUCCUUCCUGCUUUUCUCCUAAGGGCAUACUUAAAGUCCCCUCCCUGCUAUCCUCAUAAGGGCAUACUUAAGCCCCCUUUUUGUUAUCCUCCCUAUUUCAGUCAAAUAUAGGCAACUAGUUACUUAUUGGUCAAGUUCAAUUUCUUGGGUUGUUCGUGCGUUUAGAAUGUAAGAUCCUCAGUCAAAAAGGAUGAGGGUCAGUGGUGGGAGGGGAAUUUGCGUUAGGGAUUAAAAGCCUCGACCCUGCCCCCUACGGUGCUUCCUCCUUGAUUGUCUGCUCGAUGGGCGGGACACCGGAUUCUGGCGAGAAUGUAUAAUAAACUUUGCUUUGCUUCUAGAGAUCUAUCCAGUCUUUUUUUUUGUUAAAUGGUUUCUGACCCACACAAAAUUAUAGAUCAAUUAACUUAAAAACCAGCCUAACUCAUGAAUUCUUUCGCCAAAGCCUCUGCAGAAAGAGGCUGGAGCACACUUAGUGUGUGGGGGGGAUUCCAGGGGGUCGCCCCUUCCCCCCAUUCCACCUCCCAAGAGGCAGCUAACCUGCCCCCAGGCUAAUUAUAGUAGCUGGAGUAGCAGAGAACUAUGGGGGUGAG